UUAGAAUUAGAACAAUUGUUUCUAUUUACAAAGAUAACCUGGACCCAUGUUGAUAUUUCGUGAUCCGUUGAUCCAUCCAUUGCACGAGUUCGAACGAAAGUUUAAAAGCACUACAAAGAUGAUCGAAUUGUUCGUUUUACGAUCGGAUAAAUCGUGUCACGUGAAAUGAAAAUGCGAAGGACGAGUAACUUUUUCAAACUUUGAAGAUAGUCGUUUCGUAGUCGCGUGUGCGGACCCACGGUAGGCGGUAUAUACGGGUGCAAGUUUAGUUUACGGUGUCGCCACGGGUCACGGUGGCGCUGCGCCGCCAGCGCGAUCCUCAGUUCGUCACGGGGUCGCGAGGGGUACGCAUUGCCUUCGUCGAUUGGCCGUACCCACGCUCGUUCGUGAUAACGCGCGAAAACCGUACAAGCACGUUUAUUCGUUUACAGUCUUAUAAAACGUAAUUUCGGGGAUCGUGAAUCGUUCGCAGCUUUUUAUCAGUGAUUUCUGUGCGGUGUCAUGUCGCGAAGUUAUACGUUACGCGCGUGAUACUUUAUAUCUUUGCAACAUAACGAAGGAGACAGUGCUCGAAAGAACGAGGAAGGGGAAAUCAACAAUACUACGCAUUCUGCGACGCAAAAACGCGAGGAACACCGGUUACUUUUGCUGUCACCAAACGUUGACGAGGCAGAAAUGGCACGGGCGGAGUCACGGUGAGGAAAGGGCGAGGGUGAAGCCCUCGCGCGAAACGGGAGCUAUGGUGAAAAGCUUCGGUUUCUUCUUCGCCGGGAGGGCGAUACCUGCCGUCCACCUUAUGCUUUUUCUCGUUCUGGCCGACAGCACGGUGGCCGUAGACCUUUCCCAAUGCAUCGCGCCGCUCGGCAUGGAAUCGGGCGCGAUCCCGGACGCGGAUAUCACGGCAAGCUCCACGUUCGACACGGGAAACGUUGGCCCCCACCUGGCACGAUUAAAAGCGGAGAACCUCGGUGGCGCUUGGUGUCCCAAGAAUCAGAUCACCCAAGAAGCCCGGGAAUGGUUGGAGAUCGACCUUCAUACGGUUCACUUGAUCACGGCUACCGCCACGCAAGGUCGGUUCGGGAACGGUCUCGGUGUCGAGUAUGCAGAGGCGUAUCUCCUCGAGUACUGGCGACCGCGUCUGGGCAAGUGGGUCCGAUACAGAGAUAUCAAAGGGAAAGAGGUAAUACAGGGUAACACGAACACGUAUUUGGAGUCGAAGCACGAGCUGGAGCCGCCUCUGUGGGCGAGCAAGAUCCGUUUUCUGCCCUACAGCCAUCACACGCGGACGGUUUGCAUGCGGGUCGAGCUCUACGGAUGUUACUGGAGCGAUGGCGUGGUAUCUUAUUCGAUGCCCCAAGGCGAUAAGAGGGGCAACGAGUGGGAAUUCUUCGACGCCACGUACGACGGACAUUGGGACGGGGAGCUGCAGCGUGGUCUGGGCCAGCUGACGGACGGCAGGACGGGCCCUGAUAACUUCAAACUGGCGUACUACGAUAAGGAUCGAACGCAGGGGUGGGUCGGUUGGAGGAACGACACGCGCGGCCAACCGGUCGAGAUCAAGUUCGAGUUCGACAAGGUCAGAGAGUUCUCGGCCAUCCACAUCUACUGCAACAAUCAGUUCACCAAGGAUGUCCAGAUAUUUUCCCAAAUCGACAUACUGUUCAGCAUUGGAGGCAAGUAUUACACAGGGGAGCCGAUUACCUACACGUACAUGGAGGACAAGAUCUUUGAAUCGUCGCGAAACAUCACCAUCAAGCUCCACCACCGUGUCGGUAAAUACGUGAAACUGAGGCUUCAUUUCUCGGACAGAUGGAUUAUGAUCAGCGAGGUGACUUUCGACUCUGACAUCGCUCACGGUAAUUUCACGCCGGAGGAAGCACCGACGACCGAGUCCCCGAUCCAGAGCGACGUUUUCGUGGAGAAGAACGGUGCCGCGGAGGGCGAGCUUCCGGUCUCGACCGCGAAACACGACGAUCCUACUUACAUGGCGGUGGUGAUCGGCGUGUUAACAGCCGUGAUCCUGCUUCUCGCCGUGGCGAUAUUUCUGAUCGUCUCGAGGCACAGGCAACGAAAGUGUUUCGCCAGCCCUAUGACGGGCAAGGCGCCGUCCCAUCUCGGAUCCACCUGCGCCACCGUCGAGAAAGGGGCAGCCUUGAUGGCCUACACCUUGGAGGACGACGAAAGAUACGCCGGUGGUUCGCUGCCGACGCUACCUCGGGACCUGGGGAAUCGUUUUCUGGACAUCGUGAAACUCGACGACUAUCAAGAACCGUACCAGGCCCUCAAGUACGCGCCGUACUACAGCUACAGCACGGUCGUUAUGGAGAUGAAAGACAUGAUGCUGAACAACAAGGGCAGCAACAUCAAUCACUCAGCGGUGUACGCGAAUGGUGCAGUUGACACAUCGUACGAUUAUGCGGUACCGGAACUCGGCACGGUGCCCCUGCUCAACCAGGACGGAACAGGACGCGGCCCACCCGCCCCACCCGCCUCCACCGCCUCCACCGCCACCAGCGACCAGGACACCAUCUUCUCCAAGACCUCGUCGCGCGGAAAUAAGACGGAGAACAAGAAGUCGCCGACUCAACAGGAGGUGCUCUCGGCCCUGAAGAGACGUCUGGAGCAGACGAGCGUCCCGCUCUUCCCACGGCAUCGCCUCCGCAUGCUCUCGAAACUCGCCGAAGGGGCGUUCGGAACGGUGUACGUGGCGGAAGCAGAAGGGAUCCCGGAGUACGGAACGACGACCACCCUGGGCAAGCGUCUCGUCGCCGUCAAAUUUUUACUGCCGGAAGCCAGCGAGAAAGAAAAGUUGGAUUUCCAACGAGACGUCAGGAUCCUGGCCGCCCUCGAGGAUCGUAAUAUAGCCAGAGUCCUGGGAGCUUGCUACCGCGAGGAGCCGUACUGCGUGGUGAUGGAGUACCUGGAGCACGGCGACCUCUGUCAAUUCCUCAAGACGCAUAUCACUGCCGAGGACGCCCAUUCCAUGCCGAUCGGUGUCAAAACGCUUAGUUUCAACUGUCUCAUCUACAUGGCGGCCCAAAUCGCGUCGGGCAUGCGGUACCUGGAGAAUUUGAACUUCGUGCACAGGGAUCUGGCUACUAGGAAUUGCUUGGUGGGCAAAGCUUAUCACAUUAAAAUCUCGGAUUUCGGUACGGACAACGAAUUGUACGCGAGCGAUUAUUACAAAGUCGAUGGCACGGUGCCACUGCCGAUACGCUGGAUGGCCUGGGAAUCCAUAUUCCUGGGCAAGUACACGACGAAGAGCGACGUGUGGGCGUUCGCCGUGACCUUGUGGGAGAUCCUGAACCUUGGCAGACGGAUCCCUUACGAGCACUUGUCGAACGAGGAAGUGGUGCAGAGCCUGCGACGAUUGCAUCGGGCCGAUUGCGCCACCGACACCGAUGCGGAGAGCAGCGGAUGCAAGGAGAAUACCGAUAACCUUUUCACCUAUUUACCGCAGCCGACCGCGUGCUCCAAGGAUAUUUACGAUUUGAUGCUCGACUGUUGGCGGCGGGAGGAGAGCGAGAGGCCAACCUUCCGGGAGAUCUCGAUGUUCCUGCAGCGGAAGAACCUCGGUUACGCGCCCACAUCCUGAUAUUGAACGUUUGGCAAGGUCGAGGAGCACACGGUUUGUGGCGGUUGCCACGUGUGCCCGGCUAAACGUCGUUCAUACUUCGACCACGAGAUGGUCGAGGAUGCCGUUUACCCGCAUUGGAUAACCGUGAGAACCAAGUUCUGAAUUCUUCGACAGCCAUUUCCCUCGAAACCUCGGAAUGAUUUCGAGCGAUCGAAAAAGGUGUAAGCACAUUCGAAGAAGAAGGGAAUACAACGAUACGGUCCAAUAUUGGUUUCCGGCAACGAAAUCGAACUCUUCGGAUUCGCUUCGGUUUUUU